AUGUCCCAUCUUCUGACAAGCAUCGCCACCAUCCUGGAUGUUUUCUACCAAUACUGUGGCCAAGAUGAUGAGUAUGACACAAUGAGCCAAAGUGAACUGAAGGAAUUUCUGGAAAAUGAACUGAAGUUUAUUCUGAAGGUCAGUCGUCUAGCAGCAAGGGGCAUGGAUCUAGCUCAGGUGGACGGUCAAGCAGUCGUGGAGGACAAGGACAUAGUUCCAGUUCCAAGCAGUCUUCCAGCUCUGGCAAAUAUGGCUCUGGCUCUAGCUCUGGCUCUGGAUCCUGCUCAGGUUCAGGCUCAGGCUCCAGCUCUGGUUCUGAAUCUGGCUCAGAAUAUGGCUCAGGUCAGUCUUCAGGCUCUAAGAAGCAGGGCUCUAGCUCAGGCCGUUCCUCCAGCUCUGGAAGACACGGUUCAGGUUCAGGCUCCAGCUCAGGUCAAUCCUCCUCUCACCGGAGACGUGGCUCCAGCUCAGAUGAGGAAUCAGGAAGCUCUGGGCGUAGAGGACAAAGUUCCAGCUCCCAUCAGUCCUCUAGCUCUAGCAAACGUGGCUCACGCUCUGGCUCCAGCUCUGGUCAGCGUGAGUCUGGUUCAGGUCAGUCGUCUAGCAGCAAGGGGCAUGGAUCUAGCUCAGGUGGACGGUCAAGCAGUCGUGGAGGACAAGGACAUAGUUCCAGUUCCAAGCAGUCUUCCAGCUCUGGCAAAUAUGGCUCUGGCUCUAGCUCUGGCUCUGGAUCCUGCUCAGGUUCAGGCUCAGGCUCCAGCUCUGGUUCUGAAUCUGGCUCAGAAUAUGGCUCAGGUCAGUCUUCAGGCUCUAAGAAGCAGGGCUCUAGCUCAGGCCGUUCCUCCAGCUCUGGAAGACACGGUUCAGGUUCAGGCUCCAGCUCAGGUCAAUCCUCCUCUCACCGGAGACGUGGCUCCAGCUCAGAUGAGGAAUCAGGAAGCUCUGGGCGUAGAGGACAAAGUUCCAGCUCCCAUCAGUCCUCUAGCUCUAGCAAACGUGGCUCACGCUCUGGCUCCAGCUCUGGUCAGCGUGAGUCUGGUUCAGGUCAGUCGUCUAGCAGCAAGGGGCAUGGAUCUAGCUCAGGUGGACGGUCAAGCAGUCGUGGAGGACAAGGACAUAGUUCCAGUUCCAAGCAGUCUUCCAGCUCUGGCAAAUAUGGCUCUGGCUCUAGCUCUGGCUCUGGAUCCUGCUCAGGUUCAGGCUCAGGCUCCAGCUCUGGUUCUGAAUCUGGCUCAGAAUAUGGCUCAGGUCAGUCUUCAGGCUCUAAGAAGCAGGGCUCUAGCUCAGGCCGUUCCUCCAGCUCUGGAAGACACGGUUCAGGUUCAGGCUCCAGCUCAGGUCAAUCCUCCUCUCACCGGAGACGUGGCUCCAGCUCAGAUGAGGAAUCAGGAAGCUCUGGGCGUAGAGGACAAAGUUCCAGCUCCCAUCAGUCCUCUAGCUCUAGCAAACGUGGCUCACGCUCUGGCUCCAGCUCUGGUCAGCGUGAGUCUGGUUCAGGUCAGUCGUCUAGCAGCAAGGGGCAUGGAUCUAGCUCAGGUGGACGGUCAAGCAGUCGUGGAGGACAAGGACAUAGUUCCAGUUCCAAGCAGUCUUCCAGCUCUGGCAAAUAUGGCUCUGGCUCUAGCUCUGGCUCUGGAUCCUGCUCAGGUUCAGGCUCAGGCUCCAGCUCUGGUUCUGAAUCUGGCUCAGAAUAUGGCUCAGGUCAGUCUUCAGGCUCUAAGAAGCAGGGCUCUAGCUCAGGCCGUUCCUCCAGCUCUGGAAGACACGGUUCAGGUUCAGGCUCCAGCUCAGGUCAAUCCUCCUCUCACCGGAGACGUGGCUCCAGCUCAGAUGAGGAAUCAGGAAGCUCUGGGCGUAGAGGACAAAGUUCCAGCUCCCAUCAGUCCUCUAGCUCUAGCAAACGUGGCUCACGCUCUGGCUCCAGCUCUGGUCAGCGUGAGUCUGGUUCAGGUCAGUCGUCUAGCAGCAAGGGGCAUGGAUCUAGCUCAGGUGGACGGUCAAGCAGUCGUGGAGGACAAGGACAUAGUUCCAGUUCCAAGCAGUCUUCCAGCUCUGGCAAAUAUGGCUCUGGCUCUAGCUCUGGCUCUGGAUCCUGCUCAGGUUCAGGCUCAGGCUCCAGCUCUGGUUCUGAAUCUGGCUCAGAAUAUGGCUCAGGUCAGUCUUCAGGCUCUAAGAAGCAGGGCUCUAGCUCAGGCCGUUCCUCCAGCUCUGGAAGACACGGUUCAGGUUCAGGCUCCAGCUCAGGUCAAUCCUCCUCUCACCGGAGACGUGGCUCCAGCUCAGAUGAGGAAUCAGGAAGCUCUGGGCGUAGAGGACAAAGUUCCAGCUCCCAUCAGUCCUCUAGCUCUAGCAAACGUGGCUCACGCUCUGGCUCCAGCUCUGGUCAGCGUGAGUCUGGUUCAGGUCAGUCGUCUAGCAGCAAGGGGCAUGGAUCUAGCUCAGGUGGACGGUUCAGGCUCAGGCUCCAGCUCUGGUUCUGAAUCUGGCUCAGAAUAUGGCUCAGGUCAGUCUUCAGGCUCUAAGAAGCAGGGCUCUAGCUCAGGCCGUUCCUCCAGCUCUGGAAGACACGGUUCAGGUUCAGGCUCCAGCUCAGGUCAAUCCUCCUCUCACCGGAGACGUGGCUCCAGCUCAGAUGAGGAAUCAGGAAGCUCUGGGCGUAGAGGACAAAGUUCCAGCUCCCAUCAGUCCUCUAGCUCUAGACAUAGUUCCAGUUCCAAGCAGUCUUCCAGCUCUGGCAAAUAUGGCUCUGGCUCUAGCUCUGGCUCUGGAUCCUGCUCAGGUUCAGGCUCAGGCUCCAGCUCUGGUUCUGAAUCUGGCUCAGAAUAUGGCUCAGGUCAGUCUUCAGGCUCUAAGAAGCAGGGCUCUAGCUCAGGCCGUUCCUCCAGCUCUGGAAGACACGGUUCAGGUUCAGGCUCCAGCUCAGGUCAAUCCUCCUCUCACCGGAGACGUGGCUCCAGCUCAGAUGAGGAAUCAGGAAGCUCUGGGCGUAGAGGACAAAGUUCCAGCUCCCAUCAGUCCUCUAGCUCUAGCAAACGUGGCUCACGCUCUGGCUCCAGCUCUGGUCAGCGUGAGUCUGGUUCAGGUCAGUCGUCUAGCAGCAAGGGGCAUGGAUCUAGCUCAGGCCGUUCCUCCAGCUCUGGAAGACACGGUUCAGGUUCAGGCUCCAGCUCAGGUCAAUCCUCCUCUCACCGGAGACGUGGCUCCAGCUCAGAUGAGGAAUCAGGAAGCUCUGGGCGUAGAGGACAAAGUUCCAGCUCCCAUCAGUCCUCUAGCUCUAGCAAACGUGGCUCACGCUCUGGCUCCAGCUCUGGUCAGCGUGAGUCUGGUUCAGGUCAGUCGUCUAGCAGCAAGGGGCAUGGAUCUAGCUCAGGUGGACGGUCAAGCAGUCGUGGAGGACAAGGACAUAGUUCCAGUUCCAAGCAGUCUUCCAGCUCUGGCAAAUAUGGCUCUGGCUCUAGCUCUGGCUCUGGAUCCUGCUCAGGUUCAGGCUCAGGCUCCAGCUCUGGUUCUGAAUCUGGCUCAGAAUAUGGCUCAGGUCAGUCUUCAGGCUCUAAGAAGCAGGGCUCUAGCUCAGGCCGUUCCUCCAGCUCUGGAAGACACGGUUCAGGUUCAGGCUCCAGCUCAGGUCAAUCCUCCUCUCACCGGAGACGUGGCUCCAGCUCAGAUGAGGAAUCAGGAAGCUCUGGGCGUAGAGGACAAAGUUCCAGCUCCCAUCAGUCCUCUAGCUCUAGCAAACGUGGCUCACGCUCUGGCUCCAGCUCUGGUCAGCGUGAGUCUGGUUCAGGUCAGUCGUCUAGCAGCAAGGGGCAUGGAUCUAGCUCAGGUGGACGGUCAAGCAGUCGUGGAGGACAAGGACAUAGUUCCAGUUCCAAGCAGUCUUCCAGCUCUGGCAAAUAUGGCUCUGGCUCUAGCUCUGGCUCUGGAUCCUGCUCAGGUUCAGGCUCAGGCUCCAGCUCUGGUUCUGAAUCUGGCUCAGAAUAUGGCUCAGGUCAGUCUUCAGGCUCUAAGAAGCAGGGCUCUAGCUCAGGCCGUUCCUCCAGCUCUGGAAGACACGGUUCAGGUUCAGGCUCCAGCUCAGGACAAGGACAUAGUUCCAGUUCCAAGCAGUCUUCCAGCUCUGGCAAAUAUGGCUCUGGCUCUAGCUCUGGCUCUGGAUCCUGCUCAGGUUCAGGCUCAGGCUCCAGCUCUGGUUCUGAAUCUGGCUCAGAAUAUGGCUCAGGUCAGUCUUCAGGCUCUAAGAAGCAGGGCUCUAGCUCAGGCCGUUCCUCCAGCUCUGGAAGACACGGUUCAGGUUCAGGCUCCAGCUCAGGACAAAGUUCCAGCUCCCAUCAGUCCUCUAGCUCUAGCAAACGUGGCUCACGCUCUGGCUCCAGCUCUGGUCAGCGUGAGUCUGGUUCAGGUCAGUCGUCUAGCAGCAAGGGGCAUGGAUCUAGCUCAGGUGGACGGUCAAGCAGUCGUGGAGGACAAGGACAUAAAUAUGGCUCAGGUCAGUCUUCAGGCUCUAAGAAGCAGGGCUCUAGCUCAGGCCGUUCCUCCAGCUCUGGAAGACACGGUUCAGGUUCAGGCUCCAGCUCAGGUCAAUCCUCCUCUCACCGGAGACGUGGCUCCAGCUCAGAUGAGGAAUCAGGAAGCUCUGGGCGUAGAGGACAAAGUUCCAGCUCCCAUCAGUCCUCUAGCUCUAGCAAACGUGGCUCACGCUCUGGCUCCAGCUCUGGUCAGCGUGAGUCUGGUUCAGGUCAGUCGUCUAGCAGCAAGGGGCAUGGAUCUAGCUCAGGUGGACGGUCAAGCAGUCGUGGAGGACAAGGACAUAGUUCCAGUUCCAAGCAGUCUUCCAGCUCUGGCAAAUAUGGCUCUGGCUCUAGCUCUGGCUCUGGAUCCUGCUCAGGUUCAGGCUCAGGCUCCAGUCAGUCUUCAGGCUCUAAGAAGCAGGGCUCUAGCUCAGGCCGUUCCUCCAGCUCUGGAAGACACGGUUCAGGUUCAGGCUCCAGCUCAGGCUCUAAGAAGCAGGGCUCUAGCUCAGGCCGUUCCUCCAGCUCUGGAAGACACGGUUCAGGUUCAGGCUCCAGCUCAGGACAAAGUUCCAGCUCCCAUCAGUCCUCUAGCUCUAGCAAACGUGGCUCACGCUCUGGCUCCAGCUCUGGUCAGCGUGAGUCUGGUUCAGGUCAGUCGUCUAGCAGCAAGGGGCAUGGAUCUAGCUCAGGUGGACGGUCAAGCAGUCGUGGAGGACAAGGACAUAGUUCCAGUUCCAAGCAGUCUUCCAGCUCUGGCAAAUAUGGCUCUGGCUCUAGCUCUGGCUCUGGAUCCUGCUCAGGUUCAGGCUCAGGCUCCAGCUCUGGUUCUGAAUCUGGCUCAGAAUAUGGCUCAGGUCAGUCUUCAGGCUCUAAGAAGCAGGGCUCUAGCUCAGGCCGUUCCUCCAGCUCUGGAAGACACGGUUCAGGUUCAGGCUCCAGCUCAGGUCAAUCCUCCUCUCACCGGAGACGUGGCUCCAGCUCAGAUGAGGAAUCAGGAAGCUCUGGGCGUAGAGGACAAAGUUCCAGCUCCCAUCAGUCCUCUAGCUCUAGCAAACGUGGCUCACGCUCUGGCUCCAGCUCUGGUCAGCGUGAGUCUGGUUCAGGUCAGUCGUCUAGCAGCAAGGGGCAUGGAUCUAGCUCAGGUGGACGGUCAAGCAGUCGUGGAGGACAAGGACAUAGUUCCAGUUCCAAGCAGUCUUCCAGCUCUGGCAAAUAUGGCUCUGGCUCUAGCUCUGGCUCUGGAUCCUGCUCAGGUUCAGGCUCAGGCUCCAGCUCUGGUUCUGAAUCUGGCUCAGAAUAUGGCUCAGGUCAGUCUUCAGGCUCUAAGAAGCAGGGCUCUAGCUCAGGCCGUUCCUCCAGCUCUGGAAGACACGGUUCAGGUUCAGGCUCCAGCUCAGGACAAAGUUCCAGCUCCCAUCAGUCCUCUAGCUCUAGCAAACGUGGCUCACGCUCUGGCUCCAGCUCUGGUCAGCGUGAGUCUGGUUCAGGUCAGUCGUCUAGCAGCAAGGGGCAUGGAUCUAGCUCAGGUGGACGGUCAAGCAGUCGUGGAGGACAAGGACAUAAAUAUGGCUCAGGUCAGUCUUCAGGCUCUAAGAAGCAGGGCUCUAGCUCAGGCCGUUCCUCCAGCUCUGGAAGACACGGUUCAGGUUCAGGCUCCAGCUCAGGUCAAUCCUCCUCUCACCGGAGACGUGGCUCCAGCUCAGAUGAGGAAUCAGGAAGCUCUGGGCGUAGAGGACAAAGUUCCAGCUCCCAUCAGUCCUCUAGCUCUAGCAAACGUGGCUCACGCUCUGGCUCCAGCUCUGGUCAGCGUGAGUCUGGUUCAGGUCAGUCGUCUAGCAGCAAGGGGCAUGGAUCUAGCUCAGGUGGACGGUCAAGCAGUCGUGGAGGACAAGGACAUAGUUCCAGUUCCAAGCAGUCUUCCAGCUCUGGCAAAUAUGGCUCUGGCUCUAGCUCUGGCUCUGGAUCCUGCUCAGGUUCAGGCUCAGGCUCCAGCUCUGGUUCUGAAUCUGGCUCAGAAUAUGGCUCAGGUCAGUCUUCAGGCUCUAAGAAGCAGGGCUCUAGCUCAGGCCGUUCCUCCAGCUCUGGAAGACACGGUUCAGGUUCAGGCUCCAGCUCAGGUCAAUCCUCCUCUCACCGGAGACGUGGCUCCAGCUCAGAUGAGGAAUCAGGAAGCUCUGGGCGUAGAGGACAAAGUUCCAGCUCCCAUCAGUCCUCUAGCUCUAGCAAACGUGGCUCACGCUCUGGCUCCAGCUCUGGUCAGCGUGAGUCUGGUUCAGGUCAGUCGUCUAGCAGCAAGGGGCAUGGAUCUAGCUCAGGUGGACGGUCAAGCAGUCGUGGAGGACAAGGACAUAGUUCCAGUUCCAAGCAGUCUUCCAGCUCUGGCAAAUAUGGCUCUGGCUCUAGCUCUGGCUCUGGAUCCUGCUCAGGUUCAGGCUCAGGCUCCAGCUCUGGUUCUGAAUCUGGCUCAGAAUAUGGCUCAGGUCAGUCUUCAGGCUCUAAGAAGCAGGGCUCUAGCUCAGGCCGUUCCUCCAGCUCUGGAAGACACGGUUCAGGUUCAGGCUCCAGCUCAGGUCAAUCCUCCUCUCACCGGAGACGUGGCUCCAGCUCAGAUGAGGAAUCAGGAAGCUCUGGGCGUAGAGGACAAAGUUCCAGCUCCCAUCAGUCCUCUAGCUCUAGCAAACGUGGCUCACGCUCUGGCUCCAGCUCUGGUCAGCGUGAGUCUGGUUCAGGUCAGUCGUCUAGCAGCAAGGGGCAUGGAUCUAGCUCAGGUGGACGGUCAAGCAGUCGUGGAGGACAAGGACAUAGUUCCAGUUCCAAGCAGUCUUCCAGCUCUGGCAAAUAUGGCUCUGGCUCUAGCUCUGGCUCUGGAUCCUGCUCAGGUUCAGGCUCAGGCUCCAGCUCUGGUUCUGAAUCUGGCUCAGAAUAUGGCUCAGGUCAGUCUUCAGGCUCUAAGAAGCAGGGCUCUAGCUCAGGCCGUUCCUCCAGCUCUGGAAGACACGGUUCAGGUUCAGGCUCCAGCUCAGGACAAGGACAUAGUUCCAGUUCCAAGCAGUCUUCCAGCUCUGGCAAAUAUGGCUCUGGCUCUAGCUCUGGCUCUGGAUCCUGCUCAGGUUCAGGCUCAGGCUCCAGCUCUGGUUCUGAAUCUGGCUCAGAAUAUGGCUCAGGUCAGUCUUCAGGCUCUAAGAAGCAGGGCUCUAGCUCAGGCCGUUCCUCCAGCUCUGGAAGACACGGUUCAGGUUCAGGCUCCAGCUCAGGACAAAGUUCCAGCUCCCAUCAGUCCUCUAGCUCUAGCAAACGUGGCUCACGCUCUGGCUCCAGCUCUGGUCAGCGUGAGUCUGGUUCAGGUCAGUCGUCUAGCAGCAAGGGGCAUGGAUCUAGCUCAGGUGGACGGUCAAGCAGUCGUGGAGGACAAGGACAUAAAUAUGGCUCAGGUCAGUCUUCAGGCUCUAAGAAGCAGGGCUCUAGCUCAGGCCGUUCCUCCAGCUCUGGAAGACACGGUUCAGGUUCAGGCUCCAGCUCAGGUCAAUCCUCCUCUCACCGGAGACGUGGCUCCAGCUCAGAUGAGGAAUCAGGAAGCUCUGGGCGUAGAGGACAAAGUUCCAGCUCCCAUCAGUCCUCUAGCUCUAGCAAACGUGGCUCACGCUCUGGCUCCAGCUCUGGUCAGCGUGAGUCUGGUUCAGGUCAGUCGUCUAGCAGCAAGGGGCAUGGAUCUAGCUCAGGUGGACGGUCAAGCAGUCGUGGAGGACAAGGACAUAGUUCCAGUUCCAAGCAGUCUUCCAGCUCUGGCAAAUAUGGCUCUGGCUCUAGCUCUGGCUCUGGAUCCUGCUCAGGUUCAGGCUCAGGCUCCAGCUCUGGUUCUGAAUCUGGCUCAGAAUAUGGCUCAGCUCUGGAAGACACGGUUCAGGUUCAGGCUCCAGCUCAGGUCAAUCCUCCUCUCACCGGAGACGUGGCUCCAGCUCAGAUGAGGAAUCAGGAAGCUCUGGGCGUAGAGGACAAAGUUCCAGCUCCCAUCAGUCCUCUAGCUCUAGCAAACGUGGCUCACGCUCUGGCUCCAGCUCUGGUCAGCGUGAGUCUGGUUCAGGUCAGUCGUCUAGCAGCAAGGGGCAUGGAUCUAGCUCAGGUGGACGGUCAAGCAGUCGUGGAGGACAAGGACAUAGUUCCAGUUCCAAGCAGUCUUCCAGCUCUGGCAAAUAUGGCUCUGGCUCUAGCUCUGGCUCUGGAUCCUGCUCAGGUUCAGGCUCAGGCUCCAGCUCUGGUUCUGAAUCUGGCUCAGAAUAUGGCUCAGGUCAGUCUUCAGGCUCUAAGAAGCAGGGCUCUAGCUCAGGCCGUUCCUCCAGCUCUGGAAGACACGGUUCAGGUUCAGGCUCCAGCUCAGGUCAAUCCUCCUCUCACCGGAGACGUGGCUCCAGCUCAGAUGAGGAAUCAGGAAGCUCUGGGCGUAGAGGACAAAGUUCCAGCUCCCAUCAGUCCUCUAGCUCUAGCAAACGUGGCUCACGCUCUGGCUCCAGCUCUGGUCAGCGUGAGUCUGGUUCAGGUCAGUCGUCUAGCAGCAAGGGGCAUGGAUCUAGCUCAGGUGGACGGUCAAGCAGUCGUGGAGGACAAGGACAUAGUUCCAGUUCCAAGCAGUCUUCCAGCUCUGGCAAAUAUGGCUCUGGCUCUAGCUCUGGCUCUGGAUCCUGCUCAGGUUCAGGCUCAGGCUCCAGCUCUGGUUCUGAAUCUGGCUCAGAAUAUGGCUCAGGUCAGUCUUCAGGCUCUAAGAAGCAGGGCUCUAGCUCAGGCCGUUCCUCCAGCUCUGGAAGACACGGUUCAGGUUCAGGCUCCAGCUCAGGUCAAUCCUCCUCUCACCGGAGACGUGGCUCCAGCUCAGAUGAGGAAUCAGGAAGCUCUGGGCGUAGAGGACAAAGUUCCAGCUCCCAUCAGUCCUCUAGCUCUAGCAAACGUGGCUCACGCUCUGGCUCCAGCUCUGGUCAGCGUGAGUCUGGUUCAGGUCAGUCGUCUAGCAGCAAGGGGCAUGGAUCUAGCUCAGGUGGACGGUCAAGCAGUCGUGGAGGACAAGGACAUAGUUCCAGUUCCAAGCAGUCUUCCAGCUCUGGCAAAUAUGGCUCUGGCUCUAGCUCUGGCUCUGGAUCCUGCUCAGGUUCAGGCUCAGGCUCCAGCUCUGGUUCUGAAUCUGGCUCAGAAUAUGGCUCAGGUCAGUCUUCAGGCUCUAAGAAGCAGGGCUCUAGCUCAGGCCGUUCCUCCAGCUCUGGAAGACACGGUUCAGGUUCAGGCUCCAGCUCAGGUCAAUCCUCCUCUCACCGGAGACGUGGCUCCAGCUCAGAUGAGGAAUCAGGAAGCUCUGGGCGUAGAGGACAAAGUUCCAGCUCCCAUCAGUCCUCUAGCUCUAGCAAACGUGGCUCACGCUCUGGCUCCAGCUCUGGUCAGCGUGAGUCUGGUUCAGGUCAGUCGUCUAGCAGCAAGGGGCAUGGAUCUAGCUCAGGUGGACGGUCAAGCAGUCGUGGAGGACAAGGACAUAGUUCCAGUUCCAAGCAGUCUUCCAGCUCUGGCAAAUAUGGCUCUGGCUCUAGCUCUGGCUCUGGAUCCUGCUCAGGUUCAGGCUCAGGCUCCAGCUCUGGUUCUGAAUCUGGCUCAGAAUAUGGCUCAGGUCAGUCUUCAGGCUCUAAGAAGCAGGGCUCUAGCUCAGGCCGUUCCUCCAGCUCUGGAAGACACGGUUCAGGUUCAGGCUCCAGCUCAGGUCAAUCCUCCUCUCACCGGAGACGUGGCUCCAGCUCAGAUGAGGAAUCAGGAAGCUCUGGGCGUAGAGGACAAAGUUCCAGCUCCCAUCAGUCCUCUAGCUCUAGCAAACGUGGCUCACGCUCUGGCUCCAGCUCUGGUCAGCGUGAGUCUGGUUCAGGUCAGUCGUCUAGCAGCAAGGGGCAUGGAUCUAGCUCAGGUGGACGGCUCAAGCAGUCGUGGAGGACAAGGACAUAGUUCCAGUUCCAAGCAGUCUUCCAGCUCUGGCAAAUAUGGCUCUGGCUCUAGCUCUGGCUCUGGAUCCUGCUCAGGUUCAGGCUCAGGCUCCAGCUCUGGUUCUGAAUCUGGCUCAGAAUAUGGCUCAGGUCAGUCUUCAGGCUCUAAGAAGCAGGGCUCUAGCUCAGGCCGUUCCUCCAGCUCUGGAAGACACGGUUCAGGUUCAGGCUCCAGCUCAGGUCAAUCCUCCUCUCACCGGAGACGUGGCUCCAGCUCAGAUGAGGAAUCAGGAAGCUCUGGGCGUAGAGGACAAAGUUCCAGCUCCCAUCAGUCCUCUAGCUCUAGCAAACGUGGCUCACGCUCUGGCUCCAGCUCUGGUCAACGUGAGUCUGGUUCAGGUCAGUCGUCUAGCAGCAAGGGGCAUGGAUCUAGCUCAGGUGGACGGUCAAGCAGUCGUGGAGGACAAGGACAUAGUUCCAGUUCCAAGCAGUCUUCCAGCUCUGGCAAAUAUGGCUCUGGCUCUAGCUCUGGCUCUGGAUCCUGCUCAGGUUCAGGCUCAGGCUCCAGCUCUGGUUCUGAAUCUGGCUCAGAAUAUGGCUCAGGUCAGUCUUCAGGCUCUAAGAAGCAGGGCUCUAGCUCAGGCCGUUCCUCCAGCUCUGGAAGACACGGUUCAGGUUCAGGCUCCAGCUCAGGUCAAUCCUCCUCUCACCGGAGACGUGGCUCCAGCUCAGAUGAGGAAUCAGGAAGCUCUGGGCGUAGAGGACAAAGUUCCAGCUCCCAUCAGUCCUCUAGCUCUAGCAAACGUGGCUCACGCUCUGGCUCCAGCUCUGGUCAACCCUGGCCUGUUGGGUGGAUUUACCUCAACUCCACGAUUACCUCUUUGGGAUUGACCCAGAUUGAUGAUGGAUUUACCAUUCACAGUGCCAUGCCAAGCACGGUUUACACAGUGCCCUGUGCCCAUGUUCAUGCUCUCAAGCAGGCAGAGGCUGUGCCCUUAUAA